CCCUGGGCCUCUCCUGCUCCAGGUGGCCACCAUGCCGGGGCUGGUGGAUGAGGCAGGGGCCGAGAGCUGGAGCCAGGCCCCCCCACUGUAUGAGGAAUACCGCCCGCCCCCACUGGAUGCCAUCCGCCUGCCCAGGUAUGUGCUGUACCUGCUGCUGGCUGCGCUCCUGGUGGUGGCUGUGGCCUAUGCCAUUGUCGGGCAUCUCAUCAAGGACCUCGCCCACGACCUGGCCGGGGCUGGGCAGGGCCUCGCCCAGCCAAAGAGGACCGGGCUCGUCCGGACUGCGCACUCCCGCUGCCGGCUCCUCCACGCCAUGGAGGCCCUGAAGACCCUUCUGGUGAUCAGCGCCCUGCUCCUCUUGCCCGCUGAAGCCCAGCAGGCCACCGAGGGUCACCUGCAACCGUGGCUGCGGGGCCUGGCUGCCGUUGUGGGGUUCCUGUUCAUAGUGUUCGUCCUCUUGCUCGUCAACCGCAUCUGGUGUACCAAAAGGAGAGCUGAGGACGAUGAAUCCAUGUUCAUCAUGGAGACCAGAACAUACCAGAACACAGACCUGAGUAAAGAAGGCAAGAGAGAGAAGGAGAAAAGGGCCAAGAAGGAAGGAGAGAGCAACUUGGGGCUGGAACUGGAGGAGUCCCAACACCAGGCGAAAGCCACGAUCACCCCCAUGUGAAGAUUUCCUGCCCACCUCCUCCAGGCAGACCUCCAGAGAUGCCUCUGUAACAGGUGACCUGGACCUGAAACGACUGAAAUAACUACAGGAAUACAGACCCCGAAUGAAGAGGCUUGGGACCUGCCUCCCCCCACCCCCCAAGAGGGCUCUUUGCCCCUUCCAUGGUCUCCAUGCACCUCCUUUCCGAUUUGUCCUAUGUGGUGAUUCUUACUGACGCGUGAUGAAGAAAUCCCCUACUUCCCACAACCUCGUGGCUCCCCCGCUCCCACCCACUGUCUGGUUUCUUUUCCCUCUGCCUGAUAGUUCUUGGUUAGAACCUCCCCCGCUCAGGAUCAAUAUGGGCCAGGACUGCCUCUUGAGAACCUGCAUUAAAUAAUUGAUCAGAGCCCAGCCAGUGUGCUCAGUGGUUAACGUCGAUUAACUGAGAGGUUAGGGU